CUCGUUGGUAUUUAUGGGAGCGUCUUUUUUACUUACGUGCUGUGGUUUUUUUUGUCAUGUCCGAUCGGGAAUGAGAUGCGUCAUCGGGUGACGGCUCUUUAUCAGAUUAUUUUGUUUUCUUCGCUGUUUCACACACCCGCACUGGAUGGGUGGAUCGCCGUCGGGAUCGGCGCCAGUGGCGUCGAAAGCCUUCUGAGCCAACCGUGACGGGAAGCAGAGGAAAGUCGGAUUGUUUUUCGCGACCUGCGAGGCGAUUAGAGAGGAAUUCAGGCCGUAUUUUCCUUCCAAAAUGAUGCACCAGCCCAUCUCGCAGGUGUCCCUGUCCAGCACCUCGUCCGUCAUCUCGGCCGAAAAAUCAACCCAGCAGCUGCAGGCGGAAAAAGCUGAGCGCGAUGAGAGGUACGCGGCCCUGGUGGCCAGGAAGGAGGCCCUGGAAAAGCGGCUCAAGGAGAAAAACGACGAGUUGAAGCGGUUUUGCGUGCAGGAGGCAGAAUUGACGGGCUCGCUGCCCCUCGAGACCCCCCUGGAGCCCGGGGAGACGCCACCCGCCUUCCGUAGAAGGGUCGGCACAGCAUUCACCAUUCCCCAGUGCCUGUUCGACAAACUCAAAUCGGACGAGGAGCAAACGUUGGCCGCCUUGGAACUAGAGUACAAAAUCCUGAGCCAAAUCACUUGUGCUGCGAUGCGGAUGGCUUCGGACGUGAGUUUAAAACGGUCUGUGCGGCGACAGCGACGAAUCGAAUACCAGCAAAACAGCAAGAGACUGACCGAGCUGGAGAUGCGGCUGAACGAGGCCCGCAAGCAGCAGGCCCUGAAACUGCGCAAGAAGCCUCGACCCGCCAGUGACACAGUCGAGAGCUCGGCAGACAAGGAGCCGAGUGAAGGUGGUUUCGGCGGCACGUCCACCCUAACCAAGUCUGUUGCGAUGAACGGCGGGCGAAGCUACUCGGCUUCGGACCGCCCGCCGAGCAGCAGCAGUAGCACUAGUUUGAGUCACACCCACCAAAAUCACAUGCACGAAUCGCACAAGCAACAGCCAGACAAACAGUUGCACGCCACCCUGUCGGCACCGCACCACUACCUGAAGGCGGGCAGUCCCGACUUCAGGAGCCACAGGCAGCAACUCCAGAGGCUUGGAAGUGGUGGUUAUUUCACGCACCACCAUGCUCAUUACCAGCACCAGAGCUACAGCUCGAGUCCCACCAACUACCCCACCCUAUCCGGGGCACCUUUGGACCUGGAAAAACUCAGUCGCCACGACACAGCGUUCAUCAUGUCACCAAGCUGGAGCCCAUUUGCACCACAUGACGCGCAUUACCUCCACCGCCAUAGUCACACGGCCAGACCUGCAGCGUCCCAAAACUUCCUCGAAUUGGACGAAAAUGAACCUUUGGAUGGGUCGCCUGUUCGAAGACCCAGUCUCGAGAGCAGAUCUUCCAGAUGGAAGGGGAACAGGUUUGGCAGUCUGGACCGCAAAAAGAAAAUGGCACAGAGCAGUCCUUGUUUAGACUCAAGGAGUGUUGAAGGCCUGGAUGUUAUGCAGCCGGAGAGCCUUGACGUCCCUGACAGGGCCAAUUUCAUCGUUCCAACCAGCCGGGCGGCUCAUAAAAUCAGCUCAACCAAAAGAGCCGAGACAAAACAACUGCAACAGCAGCAGCACAACCACCUGCUGCCUCCGCCGCCCCCGGUGCACCACCGUCACAGAAGCGGUUCCUCGCCACACAAGGAGUACUUGACGCCGCCUCCGCAGCCAAAAAUCAAGGAGCCCAUGCGUGAGCCGCCGCUCCCACCUUCUGAGGCCCUGCUCCCAGGACAAACCUACCCUGAGCACAGUUACGGCCUCACAAACCUGAUCAGGACACAAUCCCUGGGGGCGGUGUCAACGGCCUCCUCUGCCAAGUCUGCCGAGACCAGGAGCAUCAAGGACAUGUACCCUUCAACGUCCUACACUCAGCAGCUGCCUCCAAAACGGCAGCCGCCCCCGGUGCCACCUGAGAAGCCACCUUCCCGAAGGCCAAGUGGCCACUCGGUCUUUGAAUCCAAGGAGGCCUCCCUGAGCGGUUCCUUCAGCAGUCUGCACCUUUCCAACGGCCUGCAUUCCCCUCAGGGCAGCAUCCACUCUCAGUCCAAGGUCGAAGGCCAAGACACCUUUGAGAUGGCGGUGCCGUACGAGUCGCCCAAACACCACAUGGUGGUGCAGGCUGGAAAGUGGCAGCCCUACUGGGAGGAGACCAAACCCUUCGAGAUGUCCGAUUUCUACAAGUACAGCACCAAGUUCCGGAACAAACAGCCAAAACAGGCAGACGUUCCUAGCAAGCAGCAGCCCUUGCAUCUCAGGGUUGACGACGAGGCGGCAGCCAUCACUCUUCCCAAGGUCAUGCCCUCCCCCACACCCUCCAUGUCACCACAGCAGAAGGGUGUCUACCAGCCCCUCCAGCCGAUGACCUGCCAGCCAGUCGACCCAAACAAAGCCAUCACACCAGAGCUCCCCGCCAAACAGGGUAAAGUGAUGUCCCCGAACCUGAGCUUGAACCUGUCCAACGGAGGCGAGUCACUGGCAGACGCCUUUUCGACGGAAAUGCUGGCCUGGUAUCAGGACAAGAGCGUCCCUCGAUCCGCCACCCUCGUCUGAUUUUUUUGGAAUAAAAAGACACUCUACUUAUAAUUUGUGCCUUGCAAGUGCCUUUCGGCCAGGUGAACAGGUGAGACCUGAGUUGCCUGCCGGAAGAAUAAGAAGAAGAAGAAGUGAUAAAUCCAAGUAUCGUCUACUCCAUGUGCCUGCCUGUUAGUGAAACCAUUAAUUUGUUGUAAAUAGCAACACUCGGAGACCUCUGUUAAAAAGGAGGUCAACCGUGCCUUACUUCAUUCAUUAUUUAAAACUCUUUCAAUGGACUUUAGUUAGGAAAAGCUCAAAUAUGAUUUUAAUUAUGAUAGAUAAAAAACUUUCUUCUUGACGAUGCCCUGAAGGGAUUUUUCUACAUUCCAACUUGAAUCCAAAUGAUUUUUUUUCUGCUCAGUCCUAGAUUAUGUAACUUAGCAUUUCCUUUGUAAGUUUUGUGAUUUUUUGGAAACUUUCGAAGCAUAUAAACAGGUCUGAAAUGAAUUAUGUACUUUGUUCUGCAACUAGUCAGAAAUUUAUUUAUGGAAUAUUGGGAGACAGGACGAAAAUCUUUCAUUUUUGAACUUUUGAGCAAUUUAUUUACUUACAUGCGUGCAAUCUCACGCAAUUUUGUGUGUGGGGAAAUUAUUUGGUUUAUAUUUGAAUCGGCGAUUGUCACAUUUUUACUGCAGACGUUCUUAAAAAUGUGAUCUCCUGACUUUUGUACUUUGUAAAUAUAGGAUCAGAUAUAUUAAACUUAAAGCUUCAUUUCCAACAAAUAAACACAACUUUGAAAAUAAACCACGCUAUAUAU